ACGGGGCACCGCCAUUUUAACUUCCUGCAUCAAAAGAAGACGAGCCAGUCGCACAGUAUUUGUACUCGAAAGGUUAUCUUAUUUAGCGUAACAAAAGGGGCUUGUGUUGUUUAUUUUUCUUACAGGGAUCAACUUAACCACCUCUUAGUAGUUUCUGACAGCUUGUGUCGGUUAGUUUCAGCCGGAGUGUCGCAAUGCCGAGCCACCCGCUGCGUGUAGCGGUUGUGUGCUCGAGCAACCAGAACCGCAGUAUGGAGGCGCACAGUAUCCUCAGCAAACGUGGAUUUGACGUGCGUUCAUUUGGGACAGGGUCUCAUGUGAAGCUACCCGGUCCUGCCCCGGAUAAGCCAAAUGUGUAUGACUUCAAAACAACAUAUGUACAGAUGUACAACGACUUGGUCCGCAAGGACAAGGAACUAUACACACAGAAUGGCAUCCUGCACAUGCUGGACCGCAACAAGCGCAUCAAAUCAAAGCCGGAGCGCUUUCAAAGCUGCAAGGAUAAGUUUGACCUGGUCAUCACCUGUGAAGAGAGAGUCUAUGACCAAGUGCUGGAGGAUCUGAAUUCAAGAGAGCAGGAGACUCUACAGUCUGUGCACGUCAUCAAUGUAGACAUUCAGGAUAACCACGAGGAAGCCACGCUGGGUGCUUUCCUCAUCUGUGAGCUGUGUCAAUGUAUCCAGCACACUGAGGACAUGGAGGAUGAAAUGGAUGAGCUGAUACAGGAGUUUGAGGAGAAGAGCAACAGGCCUUUUCUCCACACUGUCUGUUUCUACUGAUGUGCAAUAGAAAUUUGCAAUAAACACAAACUUGGAUCACAAGCAAUCAAACAAUAGUAUAUGGACACACACACACACACACACACACACACACACACACACACACACACACACACACACACUUUGUACUCAUCAGUCAUCUACAACACAGUACGUACAUACACAUUGUGUGCCUACACAGCCACACACACACACAGAGCUUUGGGUCAGGACCUAACAAAUGGCUGCUGUUGGACAUCUUGGUGAUGAUGGCGUUUUUCUUCUAUACAGAGGACGGACACGCUGCUCUCGCUCUGCCUUUAUUUCUCCGGAUCAAGGUCAGGCCUAGGUCCACCCUCAUCACAGUCCAGUGAAAUCACUCAACCAUGUCUCCUCAGGGAGAACCAUAGCACCCACACUCCUGGCUCAACAAUUCCUUUACCAGUCCCUCUGAUUUAGUUCAGUACAGCAUAUGAAUGCUGAAUUUUCUUUUCUUCAGAUAUACAGUAUAAUUGUUAUUCAUUUAAGCAUAUGUCAAAUUUUUAUUCCUGACCUUGGACAAUGUAAAUGUGUUUCUUGGGGUCAGACGGGGAUGAAAAUUAAUUUAAUUGAAUGCGUGUUUUUGUGCGCUCAUUUGUUGUAGAUUAGUUUGAAUUAGGUUAAAGUGGGUGGGCUAAUAAUGAAUAACCAAACCUAGACCUCUCUGAGGCUCUCCUCCAGUGUGUUUCCAAUAUAAUGUGUUGAUACAUAUUUCAACUUGGAUAUGCUAUUUUUCAGGGCAUAGUAUGUAUUUUUUUCUUUUUGUAAAUGUUAAAGAAUUGAAGCAUUGUAACUAUUUGCAAACUGCGAGCUCAGCUCAGAGUGCCUGAUUUUUCUGUAUGUACAUAUGAAUCCUCUAAAGAAAGAAGCAUCUCUAAAAAAA